CGCGCAGACCAAUCAGAGCGCGCCGAGGAGAGACACCGCCAAGAUCAGAUUGUGAGAGGCGCUGCUGCGAGCUGGGCUAGUAGUAACGCAGAGCAUUCGCUAACUUGGGAAGUGCACCGAUGGGAUUUAGACCUCCUCUUCCUCCAUUCUCAAAAAGCCCAACAACAAGCCGUCGAAGAGACAAGAGAGUGCACUCGGGGUCUGAAUACUGAGUGACAUAAAAUAUAUAUUUUUUUAUUAAUCCUGACACAGAGCUCCUUUCGGUCCUGUGGGAUCAUGGCUAAAGAUGCUGGUCUGAUUGAAACGAACGGAGAGCUGAAAGUUUUCAUCGAUCAGAAUCUGAGCCCAAGCAAAGGUGUCCUGUCCUUGGUCACGGUCCAGCCUACAGCUGCUCCCAAACAGCUUUUACCCAAAACCCUCGGGCCAUCUAACGUCAACGUUGCUGCACACAUGCAACAUGUGCCACACAUGGUGAUCGGAACGCCGCAGCGGCCGACGGUAUCGAACACCAUUUUGGUAAACAGCCCACACACGCCCAGCUCCCAGUUCCUCGCUCAGAGUCAGCCCGCCGAUGCCUCGCCCUGGUCGUCGGGAAAGCGGGGCAAGAAAGGGGAAAAGAACGGAAAGGGCCUGAGGCAUUUCUCCAUGAAAGUGUGCGAGAAGGUGCAGAAGAAAGGAGUCACCACCUACAACGAAGUGGCGGAUGAACUGGUGGCGGAGUUCAGCUCUGCGGACAACCACGUGUCCCCCAACGACUCGCACGUGUACGACCAGAAGAACAUCCGGCGGCGCGUUUACGACGCGCUCAACGUGCUCAUGGCCAUGAACAUAAUCUCCAAAGAGAAGAAGGAAAUCAAGUGGAUCGGCUUGCCCACCAACUCGGCGCAGGAGUGCCAGAACCUAGAGGUGGAGCGACAAAGACGACUGGAGAGAAUUAAGCAGAAACAGUCGCAGCUUCAGGAGCUCAUACUGCAGCAAAUAGCCUUUAAGAACCUCGUUAAGAGGAACAAAGAGACAGAGCAGCAAGCGAACAGACCCCCGCCUCCAAACUCCAUCAUCCACCUUCCGUUCAUCAUCGUCAACACCAGCAAGAAGACCGUCAUCGACUGCAGCAUCUCCAACGACAAGUUCGAGUAUUUGUUCAACUUUGACAGCAUGUUUGAGAUCCACGACGACAUCGAGGUGCUAAAACGGAUGGGCAUGGCCUGCGGUUUGGAGGUGGGGAAGUGUUCUCCCGAGAAUCUGAAAAUCGCACGGAGCCUGGUGCCAAAAGCCCUGGAACCCUACGUUAUAGAGAUGGCAAAGGGCCCCAUCAGUAACGUCUACAUCACCGGAGGCUCUGCGGCCAACGGCGCCCGUUACACUGCAAGUGACGGCUGCACCGACGGCACCAUGGCGUCCAGCUCCAACGACUCUCACUACAGCGGGUCUCGCGUCGAGACCCCGGUUUCUUACAUGGGCGACGACGACGAUGAGGAUGAGUACGAGGAGAACGACGACGAAGACUAACCCCCUCCCCGAGCUCGCCACUCCAACGAGCACAGUCCUUCAAACCACGGUCACCAUGGGAACUGAAUCUCCCUUUUUGUGUGUGCUUCUUGAACCCCCCCACCCUCCACCCCCUCCCUGUCCUAUGCCUGUGUUUCUGUCUGGCUUUCUCAGGGCUGUAGAUGAAUUCUGAAGAAGCAGAGGCGGCGUUUGCAUCCGUAUCGCUCUGCGCCCGAAUCACGCGCGACCGCACCACAGCUCUGGGGAGGUGCGAUCCAAGGGAACUGUAGUUUUUUUUAUUUUUUUUUUAUUGUUUUUUUUUUUUUUUUGUUUGACUCGGCCACCUUAAGUCUUCGUACGUCUAAUCCUCUUUUUCAAUAAGCCAUCCCAAUACAAAAACACACUGCUGUUGGAGAAUGUAAAAUGUACCUGUUGAAAUAGUUACUCCUUAUUAUUUUUUUGCUAUUAACCUUUAGCAGACAGACAUUAUGAUCAAAAUGUUCCUAAGAUGUCUGCGUUAACAUGUUAACAUGUGUUAGUACGCCAGCGCGGGUCUGGAGCGGCGUCCCAGGUCGGGACUCCGUCCGACCCGUCAGUACGGUGUAUUUUUUAUUUUAUUUUUUUGUUUGUUUUUGGUUUUGUUUUGUGUUCUUCGCAAUGAUUUGAACUAGUUUCCCGUUGAGUUGGGUUGCCUUUCCUCCUGUUCAGUAGGCAGCUGCUUUCCGAUCCUGUUUGCUAGUUUUCGUUUUGUAUCUGUUUUUGUAUUCUGGAGUUGAGGAACUUUUCACCAAUGCCCUGUUGACGCCUCGGUAGUGUUUACAAACAUGGCAGCAGCGAGGUAACGACGCAUAACCCAGGCUCCUGAUAGGUAAAUAAGCUUCGUUUGUUAAUUAAGUAUAUAAAUCCUACGGAGGUUGUAGCUUAUAGUAUCCUUUUAGAGGCCAGUGGUUAAGAUAGACCUUUCAAAAAUGAUUAAUGUAACACGAUGUGUGGUUGUAUAGAUCUUUGCGUAUUCCCUUCAAAGAUCUCCCUUUUAAAACUGAGCAACACGUGUACUGACUCUUCCAAAUACCUUUUUCUGUAAUCUAAUAUAAGUUUGCAAAUUAAAAUAUAGAUUGUUUUAAUAAGUCUGCAUCAACCGUCUUUGUUGGAAGCGGAGACGCUGAGGUUGAGUUGCUGGAUCCUGCAUCCCGGUUUCACAUCUUAAAGGACUAAGCGACGUUUCUGAAUAAAUUUUCAACAAGUUGCACAAUUUUAA